AUGUCAAUAGGCACGGACUCUCAGUCAAGCUCCCGCGACCUCUCGUCGUCCAUCUCGUCACUCAACCAGUCGAGCAAGCGGACGUCAUCCGAGAUCUCCAAAAUCUACAAGCAUGCCUCCCAGCUAUUCCUCACUCGCAGACUGUUAGAGGCAUACGAGGCCCUGCAGCCUGUUAUUACCCCUCCAAGCCAGAAAAGACCGGGCGAUAGCCCAGCCCUGGCUCCCAUUGCGACUGCGACCACAAGCCAACGCAUCAAGAUCUGGAGCUUAUACGUCACGCUCUUGAACUCGAUUGUUGAUCUUGGAUACGAAGAAGGGAAACAACUCUUUGGGUCGAAGGAGUACAAAGAUAUUGUCAGGCACGUGCAGAAUGGCGAGAUAUGGGAGCAGGUCGUCAAGGACGGGUAUCAGGGCCGAGAGGGCUCGGUUGACGCCGAGGUUGUCUAUAACUUGUCAAAUCUUCUCCUUGGACAAGCUGCAGACCAGAAACUCAACCAAUCUCGUCUGGAAACCUACUUCUCGUCUUCUUCGCAACCGGAUCUCGACCUCUCGACCCACCUCGACCACGCCUUGAGCAAUGGCCAUCACCAAUCAACGGGAAUGAAUGGUGCUAAUACUCCCAAAGAUCUCACCUCGCGCAUAAAAGUCCUCGAAAUUUUCACGCUGCAUGUGUUGCCUCGAAACGGUGAAUGGGAUUACGCGAAGAGUUUUAUUUCCAACAGUGAUAUUUUGGACGAGGAAAGACGGGAAGCGUUUAUGCAGACACUUCAAGAACUACAAGACGUAACAGAAAGAGAAUCCAGCCUCGAAGUUGCGGAUGAGGACGUCUUUGAGGAUUCAGAGGAAGUGUUCGCAAAGCAAGAAGGAACUGGAGCCGCCGGUACCACCGAAGAGGCCGUUUCUCCCUCCCAAAGUGGCGCGUCCAAACACCAGCGUACCAGCAGCGAGGUUGACUACGGGAUCGAAAGGGCACAUCCCAACGGCGGUGCCCACGCAGCUGCAAGCAAGGACCCGACGCCAGCGAUCGCAUCUUCACCAAUGACCAGCCUCCCUCCGCAACCCGUUCCAACUCCACGGUCUCCUCCACCGCCCGCUCCUCCAAGCUCUUCAAUACACGGCCGCGCCCACUUCUCGCCUCCAGCACAAACUCCCCGUCGUCCUGCUACACGAAAGAAUUCCAAAUCCUCACAGAACACAUUGACAGCACAAGCGCGUCAGCUGUUCCUCGCCCUCUCACAUCUGGUCCGCAAUCUCGCUACAACCCUUCAGAAGAACCCUACGGCAAUGCUGCGAUUCCUGCUUUUUGUUCUAGCGUUCAUGAUGGCAUUUUCCCAGAAGCAAAUUCGAGAGAAGACGCGAGCAGCGGCGAGGAGGGCGUGGGAGAAAUUACGGGGAACUCUUGGGAUGGGGGUCAAGGUUAGUUAUAUCUGA